CCAUAAAAGAAGGAUAAGGAUACCAAUAAGUAGAGAGCAUCUCAACUAGUGCAAAACCCUUAAAAAACACCCCCACCCCUAAAACAAGUUUCAGUGAAAUACAUAGAAAAUGUAUAGGUUUAGCAACACUGUGAUAGGGUUCUUGAAUCUUUUCACCCUGCUAGCAUCGAUACCGAUCAUCGGAGCCGGGUUAUGGAUGGCGAAGAGUAGCACAACAUGUGAAAGUUUCCUGCAGACACCAUUGCUGAUCGUAGGUUUUGUGAUACUGAUAAUAUCAUUGGCAGGUUUCAUUGGAGCAUGCUUCAAUGUGGUUUGGGCACUGUGGGUUUAUUUGGUAGUGAUGUUGUUUAUAAUUGCAGCUUUAAUGGGGUUAACCAUAUUUGGAUUUGUGGUGACCAGCCAAGGUGGUGGGCAAGAAGUUGCAGGCAGGGUUUACAGGGAAUAUAGACUGGAAGAUUAUUCACCAUGGUUGAUAAAAAGGGUAACAGACCCUCAGUAUUGGAAAACUAUUAGAAGCUGUUUGUUGAAUUCCAAGACUUGUGCGAAAAUUGCACUUUGGACCCCUCUUGAUUAUGUUAACAACGUUAUGACCCCAGUCCAGUCUGGUUGUUGUAAGCCACCGACAUCAUGCAAUUACAACAUGGUGACAAUGGUAGCACAAAACCCAGACUGCUACAGAUGGAACAACGCGCCAACGGUGCUGUGCUAUGAGUGUGAUUCGUGCAAAGCUGGUGUGCUUGAGUCUGUGAGAAGGGAUUGGCAUAAGCUUUCUGUCCUAAACAUAGUGAUGCUUUUGCUUUUGAUUGGGAUUUAUUCAAUCGGUUGCUGUGCUUUCCAAAAACACCAAAAGAGCUGAAACUGAUUACCCUUACGGCCAAAACAGGAUGUCCAAAGUUAGACCAAGAUGGGAUUACCAUUGGUGGAGAUGGUGGCAUGA